AGGAACUGUGUUCCGGCUCUAUGUAAACAUCCACGUCAACGAGCGGCUCCUAAAUCACCGCAGAGGACGAUUUAAUUAUAAUCUGAUGAUUUAAUACAUAAAUAAAUAAAUAAAACAGUUCCCUGGAGCGCUCGCUGAUCAGAUUGUCGGACUGUUAGCGCUUCAUCAUGACUUCCAUCACGCAGAGGAACAGUUCGGGCCUGGUGCAGCGGCGGACCGAGGCCUCGCGUAACGCCGCCGCCGACAAGGAGAAGAGCCCGGCCGGCGAGGAGCACGAGGAGCGCCGCGAGGAGGAAGACGACGAGCAGCGGGGGGACUCGAAAGAAACCCGUCUGACUCUGAUGGAGGAGGUGCUGCUGCUGGGGCUCAAGGAUAGAGAGGGCUACACGUCGUUCUGGAACGACUGCAUAUCGUCGGGUCUGAGGGGCUGCAUGCUGAUCGAGCUCGGGCUCCGGGGACGACUGCAGCUGGAACCCUGCGGCCUGAGGAGGAAAAGCCUGCUGGCCAGGAAGGUGGUGUGUAAAUCGGACGCGCCCACGGGGGACGUGUUGCUAGACGAGGCGCUGAAGCACGUGAAGGAGACGCAGCCUCCGGAGACGGUGCAGAGCUGGAUAGAGCUGCUCAGCGGAGAGACGUGGAACCCCCUGCGGCUGCACUACCAGCUGCGUAACGUGCGCGAGCGCCUGGCCAAGAACCUGGUGGAGAAGGGCGUGCUGAGCACGGAGAAGCAGAACUUCCUGCUCUUCGACAUGACCACGCACCCGCUCAGCAACGGCACCAUCAAGCAGCGCCUGGUCCGCCGGCUGCAGGAGGCCAUGCUGGACAAGUGGGUGAGGGAGCCCCAGCGCAUGGACAAGCGCCUGCUGGGCCUCAUCCUGCUGGCCCACUCGUCCGACGUGCUGGAGAACGCCUUCGCGCCGCUGCAGGACGAGCAGUACGAGCUGGCCACCAAGCGCGUGCGCACGCUGCUGGAGCUGGAGCCCGAGGCCGAGGCCGCCAAGGCCGGCGCCAACGAGCUGCUCUGGGCCGUCGUGGCCGCGUUCACCAAAUGAGCCCCGCCCGCCCGCGCGGGGGAGGGGGCGGAUAGAGGGGCGCAUUUUCUUUCGGUACAGAGAGAGAGACUUUAGCUGCUUUUACCAAAGGGGCGAGAGACAUCGAGAUAAACAGAGAGAGAGAGAGAGAGAGAGAGAGGCGCACACUGGGCAUCACAUUUAUAGAGAUUUAUACUGAACUAACGGUGGUGGUUUAAUCGUGGUGCGAAUCUGGUAAAUGAAGGAGAUUCUGAUCAUUCUAAUCAUGAUUUAUGUGAUGAUUUCUUGGGGUUCUCCGACCUCCACAGCACUGCCCUCGGGUUCUCCAGGCUGCUGGUGUCGUGAGCACGGACUAUGUGCACAGCACCUGGGUUCAAGUUUGCUUUUUAAUUCCCUGAGAGAUUGAUUGACCGUUUGGUACCCGUACCGUAUCAGAAUACCCUGUCGUACUGUAGUAACAUACCCAGAUCUUACCCAAAUACCCUGGUACCUUACCUAUGGUGCAGUACUGUAGGGCAGCUGUAGCCGAGCGGUGACGGUAUUAGACUAGUAAUCGAAAGGUCGCUGGUUCACAUCCAACACUGUCAGGUUGCCACUGUUAACCCUCAAUUGCUUAGAUAAUAUACUGUCACGGUACUGUAAGUCGCUUUGGAUACAAUAUCCUGCCUUACUUCAAUUGCUGUACUACAAUACCUCACCAGAAUACCCUGCCAUAGUACAACAAUACCCGGUACCCUGUCGUACUACAGUACAGUACCCUUACCUUACCAAAAUACCCUGCUGUACUACAAUACCCUACCCUUACCUUACCAAAAUACCCUGCUGUACUAUAAUACCCUACCCUUACCUUACCAAAAUACCCUGCUGUACUACAAUACCCUACCCUUACCUCACCAGAAUACCCUGCUGUACUAUAAUACCGUACCCUUACCUUAUCAAAAUACCCUGCUGUACUACAAUACCCUACCCUUACCUUACCAAAAUACCCUGCUGUACUAUAAUACCCUACCCUUACCUUACCAAAAUACCCUGCUGUACUACAAUACCGUACCCUUACCUCACCAGAAUACCCUGCUGUACUAUAAUACCGUACCCUUACCUUAUCAAAAUACCCUGCUGUACUACAAUACCCUACCCUUACCUUACCAAAAUACCCUGCUGUACUACAAUACCCUACCUUUACCUUACCAAAAUACCCUGCUGUACUAUAAUACCCUACCCUUACCUUACCAAAAUACCCUGCUGUACUACAAUACCCUACCUUUACCUUACCAAAAUACCCUGCUGUACUAUAAUACCGUACCCUUACCUUACCAAAAUACCCUGCUGUACUACAAUACCCUACCCUUACCUUACCAAAAUACCCUGCUGUACUACAAUACCGUACCCUUACCUCACCAGAAUACCCUGCUGUACUAUAAUACCGUACCCUUACCUUAUCAAAAUACCCUGCUGUACUACAAUACCCUACCCUUACCUUACCAAAAUACCCUGCUGUACUACAAUACCGUACCCUUACCUCACCAGAAUACCCUGCCAUAGUACAACAAUACCCGGUACCCUGUCGUACUACAGUACAGUACCCUUAUUUUAUCAAAAUACCCUGCUGUACUACAGUACCGUACGCAUACCUUACCAAAAUACCCUGCUGUACUACAAUACCCUACCCAUACCUUACCAAAAUACCCUGCCGUACUACAGUACCGUACCCUUACCUUACCAAAAUACCCUGCUGUACUACAAUGCCCUACCCUUACCUUACCAAAAUACUGUGCCGUACUACAAUACCCUACCCUUACCUUACCAAAAUACUGUGCCGUACUACAAUACCCUACCCUUACCUUACCAAAAUACCCUGCUGUACUACAAUACCCUACCCUUACCUUAUCAAAAUACCCUGCUGUACUACAAUAACGUACCCUUACCUUAUCAAAAUACCCUGCUGUACUACAAUACCCUACCCUUACCUUACCAAAAUACCCUGCCGUACUACAAUACCCUACCCUUACCUUACCAAAAUACCCUGCUGUACUACAAUACCGUACCCAUACCUUAUCAAAAUACCCUGCUGUACUACAAUACCGUACCCUUACCUCACCAGAAUACCCUGCCAUAGUACAACAAUACCCGGUACCCUGUCGUACUACAGUACAGUACCCUUAUUUUAUCAAAAUACCCUGCUGUACUACAGUACCGUACGCAUACCUUACCAAAAUACCCUGCUGUACUACAAUACCCUACCCUUACCUUACCAAAAUACCCUGCCGUACUACAGUACCGUACCCUUACCUUACCAAAAUACCCUGCUGUACUACAAUGCCCUACCCUUACCUUACCAAAAUACUGUGCCGUACUACAAUACCCUACCCUUACCUUACCAAAAUACCCUGCUGUACUACAAUACCCUACCCUUACCUUAUCAAAAUACCCUGCUGUACUACAAUAACGUACCCUUACCUUAUCAAAAUACCCUGCUGUACUACAAUACCCUACCCUUACCUUACCAAAAUACCCUGCCGUACUACAAUACCCUACCCUUACCUUACCAAAAUACCCUGCUGUACUACAAUACCGUACCCUUACCUCACCAGAAUACCCUGCCAUAGUACAACAAUACCCGGUACCCUGUCGUACUACAGUACAGUACCCUUAUUUUAUCAAAAUACCCUGCUGUACUACAGUACCGUACGCAUACCUUACCAAAAUACCCUGCUGUACUACAAUACCCUACCCUUACCUUACCAAAAUACCCUGCCGUACUACAGUACCGUACCCUUACCUUACCAAAAUACCCUGCUGUACUACAAUGCCCUACCCUUACCUUACCAAAAUACUGUGCCGUACUACAAUACCCUACCCUUACCUUACCAAAAUACCCUGCUGUACUACAAUACCCUACCCUUACCUUAUCAAAAUACCCUGCUGUACUACAAUAACGUACCCUUACCUUAUCAAAAUACCCUGCUGUACUACAAUACCCUACCCUUACCUUACCAAAAUACCCUGCCGUACUACAAUACCCUACCCUUACCUUACCAAAAUACCCUGCCGUACUACAAUACCCUACCCUUACCUUACCAAAAUACCCUGCUGUACUACAAUACCGUACCCUUACCUCACCAGAAUACCCUGCCAUAGUACAACAAUACCCGGUACCCUGUCGUACUACAGUACAGUACCCUUAUUUUAUCAAAAUACCCUGCUGUACUACAGUACCGUACGCAUACCUUACCAAAAUACCCUGCUGUACUACAAUACCCUACCCUUACCUUACCAAAAUACCCUGCUGUACUACAAUACCCUACCCAUACCUUACCAAAAUACCCUGCUGUACUACAAUACCCUACCCUUACCUUACCAAAAUACCCUGCUGUACUACAAUACCCUACCCAUACCUUACCAAAAUACCCUGCUGUACUACAAUACCCUACCCAUACCUUACCAAAAUACCCUGCUGUACUACAAUACCCUACCCUUACCUUACCAAAAUACCCUGCUGUACUACAAUAACGUACCCAUAUUUGAUCAAAAUACCCUGCUGUACUACAAUACCGUACCCAUAUUUGAUCAAAAUACCCUGCUGUACUAUAAUACCGUACCCAUAUUUGAUCAAAAUACCCUUCCUUCCUAUAGUACCGUAUCAGUACCCAACCAAAAUACCGCGUUGUACUUCAGAACUGUACCUGUACUUCACCAGAAUACCCUGUUGUACUACAGUACCAUACCCAUAUCCCUCCCUACUAUAAUACAAUACCGAAAUUCCUUCCUUACCCUACCCAAAUCUUACCAGAAUACCCUGUUGUACUAUAGUACGGUACUAGUACCUUACCAAAACACCCUGCUGUAGUACAAUACCGCUCUACAGUACUGUACCCAUCCUGCCAGACUACAGUACCCUACCCACAUUUUACUAAAAUAUCCCGCUGUACUACAGUACCCUACCUUUACCUUACCAGAAUACCCUGCCAUACUACAGUACCCUACCCUUAUCUUACUAGAAUACCCUGUUGUACUACAGUACCCUGCCCACUUCUAAUCAAAAUACCCUUCAGUACACCAAAACCAUACAUUUACCUUACCAAAAUGCCCUGCUGUACUACAAUACCUUACUUUUCCCUUCAAAUUUGACCAAAAUACCCAGCCAUAUCACAGUACAACGUACCCAUUCAACAGUACCGUACCCAUGGUGCAGCGGGAUAUUCGGUUCGAAGCUCGGCGUUGCCACCGGUCGGCUGGGCGCCAUCUAGUGGUCAUAACUGGCAGUGCCUGCAGCAGACACGGUUCUGUUAGAAAUAAAUAGACAAAAAACAGUACCAUACAGAUCCUACCGUACUACAUUUCCCUACUCGUACCUUACCACAGUACCCUGUUGUACUACAGUACAGUACCGUACCAGUACCUUAUCAAAACACCCUGCUAUAGUACAAUACCAAAAUUCCUUGCCGUUCAGCAGUACUGUACCCAUCCCACUGUACCUUACCGAACUACCCUGGUGGGGUGUAAGAUAGGGUUUAAUUCUGAUCUUGCCUCGUUUACUGUGGGUAUCAGGAGUACCACACUAUCCAUCCAAUAUUAACACCCACGGUUAGGAACUGGGACGUCUAACAGGCUCACGUUUAGGCGUCCACAUACUUUUGACCCUAUAGAGUACAGAUAAGUAAUGAUGAGGAGGAACUAUUUAUAUAAAGAGGGAUAUUUAUAGCAGUCAGGCGGAUUUAUUUUUAUCGUCGUUAUUAAUAAUCAGAUGAUUUUACACAAACGGACUCGUUCUGUCAUUAACUGAGAAUAAAAUCUGUAUAAAAUAAACAGCACGAUGGUGGAGCCGGUGUGUGUGAUCCUGCACGGUGGACGAUCGGGAUUUUGUGGAAGCGCCAUGGCUCUCGGUCUGUUCAGGGUCCAUGGAAAGUUUGUAUGUUCUCCCACCGAGCGCUCCACAAGAUCAAAGACUUCUGAGACUUCAGUGUAUUUUUAUUCUCUUUUUCUUUUGUUUGUGAUCCACAGUUCAGUUCCGGCGUUCACUUUCAUUCCUAAUCAUCAGUAAAAUUCACCUGAUUUAUUUUUC